UCUGUGAUGCCCACCCAGGACGUCCGGCUCAGCUGACACACUGACGACAGACCAUUUCCUCAUCGCAGCGCCAUCCUUGUCUGAGGACAUCAUGUCCGGUUGCACAAAGUCCUCCUCCCCCUGCAUGGUACAAGUCCUUGGACAAAGUACUCCGAAAGAAGUGGUGGACAUCCAAAUGUUAUCAGAAAACAACCUCGCAAAAAAUCCUGAAGCUUGGAUGAAAACUGAUCCCGUGCAGAACAGCCAUGGUCCGGACCGUGAAAACAGAGAUCCUGAGGCAUUAGAAGACGACAAUUCGAGUCACCACGACAAGGAAAAGGAAACGGAUGUGUUGGAAAGUGACCACCAGUCUCAGAAGAAAGCCAAAGGCUACAAAUGCAAAUGCUGCCCAUUCCGGUGUCAGAGCCUGACUGAUUUGAAUGCGCACAUGGACUCCAGCCACCCAAACGUGUUCCUCAAUCCACAGUACCACUGCACCAACUGUGACUUCAGUGCCAAAAAGUUUGAGAUCCUCUCUGAGCACAACAAGAGCCAUCAUGCUGACAAGAACAACUUCAAAUUCAAGAGGAUUUAUAAAAACAAUCAGGCUAUCUUGGAGCAUGCUGGAAGCAAAGCUGGCCUGUUCCCACAUUGCUUCUCCACCACAGUGAAAUCUCCAGAUUCUUUCGAGGUCCUCCGUGGGGACAGUCAUGUCCCUGACCAGGAGGACCAAAUCACGGCCGUCAGCCUCAACAGGACGAUCAUCAUUCCAGAGCCCUGCAUCCUCCAAGACCUGUCCCAUGUCACCCCGGUGCUCCAGCGCCCACCGAAUGUAAACUGUCUACCAAAAGUAGCCGUUCCACUGAACACCACCAAAUAUAAUCCCACCCUGGACCACAACCUGACCCUGAUUGCUUCGUUUAACAAAUUCCCCUACCCGACGCACGCUGAACUGUCAUGGCUGACGGCUGCCUCCAAGCAUCCGGAGGAACAAAUCAAAGUUUGGUUCACCACCCAGCGGCUCAAGCAGGGAAUCACAUGGUCUCCAGAGGAGGUGGAGGAGGCCAGAAAAAAGAUGUUCAACGGCUCCAUCCCUGCCGCCCAUCACACUUUCCCAGCUCCGCCCACAGGUUUUGUCUCUUCACAGUCGACUAAAGCCUCACAUCAGGCGGCAGUGGAGAAGCACAACCGAACAGCCAACCCCAAUUCUGACACCAAAAAGGUUCUGUCAGGAGACACACUUAAACGGUCCUUGAUGUCUCAAUCUGGUCCUGAGUCAAAGCGGCCUGUCAUGGUAGUUGCUCCCAGUCCAGGAGACUACAAAGACAAGGCCCUAAUGGCUCCUCCUCCACCUCCUCCCUUUCAAAAAGACAGCCAUUUGAAUGCUCCCCUGGGAGGCCUUCCCCCGGUCACCACGGAGAGGAAGAAGCCACCCACUGCUGUGUCUUUAAUGCCAGUGUCAUCAUCACUAGGAGUCAGGGGGAACAGUCUCUCCAACGCCAAAACUAAACCGGUGGUGUCGCUGCCGUCCAUUGUCUUUCCGGAGUCCUUAACGAGGCCAAUGAUUGCUCCGCUGCCCACCUUUUCCCCGCUAUUUAAAAGUUCGUUACUCAUUCCCCGAUCUUCCAAAGAAAAGCUUCUAAGUGUUUUGCCAACCGCUGAUGUGAUGUUCCCAAAUUUGUCUCAACUUGGGACCGCUCAGGUGAAGAGGCCUCUCAUCAUCCAGUCUGAAGCCCUGGUCCACGUUCCAGGUAUCCAAGAACAACGGAGUGCAGAUGUGAAAGGCACCUUGCAAGGAGACACGACGCUCAUUCCUGUCAAGGAUGCUAACGGGAUGUCUGGUGACUUAGCUGAUGUGCCGGAGGAAGGCCAGGUUCUGGUUGCGACCAAAGCAGAUUCCCAGCAGAGGUCGUCAGUGUUGACUCACUUUCCACUGCUGGAGAGAAUGAAGGGGAAGACUUCGGAGCAGCUGAAGAUCCUGGAGGAGUACUUCCAGAGGAACAGCUUCCUCUCCCACUGCGGUGUGGAAAGUCUGGCAGUUGCCACCUCUCUGUCCCACCAGGAAAUUGAUGGUUGGUUUGCAGAACGCCGAGCCCUUCGGGAUAACCUCGAACUAGCUCUCCUCAACUCAAUGGGUGCAAAGAGGAUGGAAGUGGACAAACAUUUGAUGGAACCUCUCAAUGGGAUUCACAAGCAGAGUUCUAGUGUGGAGGAUCUUAAAAUCCCAGCUCUGCUGCCACCCUUUUCUAGCCCAAACCAAAAUUCCUGCUCAGUGCCUCCGAACAGCCAAUGUGGGGCGCUCCUCAAAGAUUUUACACAAACCGAAGGGAUGAGCCUUUCGGAGGUUCCUCCCGGGCAGGCCGGUGAGGCCCUCGCACGCUGGUUCUGUGAUGGCCAACUUUUCCCAGACACUGGACUGAACGGAGGCCAGGGGCUGCUACCAAAAACUGCUUUGUCCACUUCCUGUGAGAGCUGCAAGGAAGUAGACGUGGCCAAUAGCGGCAGCAAGAUGCUGGAGCUCGGCUGGCUGAUGGAACAGCACACCAACAGCCUCAGCACUCAGCAACACAACUAGCUCCAAGACCGCAUCAGUGGCAGGUGCGAGUAGGAGCCAGCAUCAUUGUCGCCAUGGAAACCACGCACGAGGACUGCUGGUCGACACCAUGACCAUGGAUCCUGUCAACCUCAUCCGACAUCACCUUGGCAACAGUGACUGCCCCCCGCCACCCCCCACGUGACACCGGACCUUAUUGGCCGUUAGCAGCUAGCUUGUGCGGCUAAUGUGUCCGUAAUGUUUCCGUCCUAGAAAGUAAUCUCAGGUUUUGUCCCGAUUUCGCCCUGAAGCCGCGUCGGGGGGGGGUGGGGUCAGGGAGUUGCUAUGGAGACACAGGAAGGAUGCCUCAAUGUAUCCUCGUACUGGUUGGACAAACUUCUCCUUGAUUUUGCUGUCAAUAAGCCUUUUCUUUUGGAACCAUCCAAUCACCUCCUUUUAUUCUUUAGCCACGCCUCUCACACACACACACACGCACCGGACUUCCUGUCCUGCCUUCUCAUUGGGCCUGGUACACACCUGUCCUCUUGAAUGUGGGACAUUCUGUGGGACAAUGGACCUGAUGAAUGUGUCACACACGCACACUGCUUGUUGGAGAGGUCAGGGGUCAUGUGAGGCGUUUGCAAAUGGAGGAGGAAUGUUUUCCUGGAGCUGAAAGCAGAAAAGUUGAAUGUGACUGUUCCUGUGAGGCUCACGGUCGCUUUCAUCGCCAAAGUGACAGACGCACACCGCGAGUUGUGAUCACACUUCCUGUCAGGCCGGUGCCACUUCAUUCGCUUGCGUCUCAGCUUUCAUCAUCCAGCGUUUCAACUUCCUGUCAAAAAGCAAAUGUCUUGGGAGCCUGCUGGAGACGAGCGGGUGUCUUCUGGACGCCGCCGCACAUCAUCGGCAGCCAGCGCAACCCGGUGGAUGCGUCUGGAGUCUGUAGGCCUGAAGAAGCCCCGCCCACCAGAAGCUGCUCCUCGGGGACUGGUGGCGCCGAGGGAAUGUAAGGAAAAGAUGAGCGCUUAGUAGGAAGUGACAGACUUUGAAGACGAGUUCAUGCGUGUUAAUGGCGCUAUACAUCACACGCCGCAACACGUUAACAUACGCUAACCAACAGGUGCGCAGAGCUCUGUGAGGCCAACCGCAGGAAGCAGCGGCAGGGCACGCUGCCAUCUGCUGACACAACACGGUGCCUGCCAUUGUAGGCUGGGAAGGGUAAGGUUGGGUAAGGCUGGUAAGGAACACUCGCUUUUUUUCAGCUUUUUAUUCCUGGCAAAUGACAAGGUCAAAGUUGAAAGAGAAUAAAUAGGAAGAGGAAGUGGGUGCACUAAAUUACAAAUGAAAGUGUUUUUGUGUGCAAGGCUGACGUGGUGCUGGACCGUGUCAGUCCAGGAAGCCGUGAUGUGAUCAAGUCCAGUAAAAACAUGACCUUCUUGUCCUGGCAAACACGCUUGACGGCACUCACUGGACGUCCUUUCACAAUAAAAGUCCGCUUGGAAGGUCAGCUUGGAAAAGUAUUUGGAUACAAGAGGUCUCACUCGGAGAAAUAUCUGCAAUCUUCUCUGUCAUACAAAGCAGCCGAGAGAAAGAAGCAAUAUAAAAGCUGGCUUGUUCCCGCCACAAUAAAAGGUCUGUCCUGUGACGACCGUGUCUUCCUCACCACUCGUUCAAGCAAGAGCCUGCUCACGUUUGCUGUGAUGUCCCGCCAGGAGACAACUCACCAUGAUCCUCCUCUUCCGGCUCCGGGUUGCAGUCAUCAUCGGUUUGUUCUUUCACGUCCAUGUCUCCUUCGCUGUCCGCAUGUUCUAGUGCUUCCUCCUCCUCCUCCUCCUCCUCCACCUCGCUGAACACCUUGCCUUCCUUCGCCCGCUGACCCAACUCACAAAACCACGCCCUCACGUGUUGCUCGCUCAUGUCCGACUUGGCUGCCAACGCAUCCACGUCGCCUUCCCUCAGGACGCCGUGCUGGAGGUAGUAGUCCCUCAGGACCGCCUUGCCGCUUUUGGCCUGCAACACACGCACAUUUGUGUAUGAAGUACACCACCCUGUCCGUCUCAAGGAAACUUCUGCUACUUUGUUGGAAAGGUCCCAUCACCUCCUGGUGAGCUUGGAUAUCCAAUCCUUCAUUCUUUCACCACUCCAUCCAAACAUCCUUCAUGCAUUUGACUUGCUGCUAAAUGGCUAAUAUUUGUGUACUUCAAUAAAGUUGAAAAGAAGGUGCUGGCUUUCCUCUCCAUAGAAGGGCGGCAGUGACAAGCACCUUCCAGCUCACACUCACAAAGCUUUCACCAUCUUCCACAAUCUGCACCUAUUCCAGCUGGAUUCCCUUUCUGCUUCCCUGUUUUAAUUUAUUCCAGCCCAGUGAUUGGCUGUCCACCCGUCCAGCUGGGAUAGGCUCCACCACGCCCGCAACCUUUGAGAGCAUAAAAACGUCAACGUAUUUUUUGACGUCAUCGCCACCCUAAUUGAGAUGCAGAUGGAAGAGUAGUUUGUGCAACCUUGGAGGUAUGAAGGAUGGAACAAACUCCCCCUGCAGAUGCAGAAUAUAGCAGCGUGUCACACAUGCAGAGUGUGGAAUGUUCAAGGGUCCUCCAGGUGGCUCUAGUCCUUGGGUUGGCUCCAGCAGCGGUUGGCUGUCGCCAGCGCCAGGUGUCCAUCGUGGGAUGUUGGCACACGGAGACGUCCUGCACCAUCCAGCCUGGCCAACCACCUAACAGCACAGCAUGGGUCAUCUCGCCUUUCUGAGCGAAUCAAGCGCUCCUUUUCUGUGACGUGCUACAAAUGGUCUGUCUUGUACACAAACAUGGCGUCGAGGGUGUUCAUAUUCACUCUAGAAAUGACUUGCUAACCACUAGCAAGUUCGAGUGGCUGAACCAAAGCAUCAAAUGUCAGCACGUUCCUUGAACUCUUGGCCCCAGGGAGCAUUUCAGCCCUAAAGAUGGCUAACUGCAGGAAAUACAGU